AUGCCCAGAGGAGGCCACAAGUGCAGCAGAGGGGUGUUGUCGUCUUUGCUUAGGACCAGGUCGGAGAAAAAUAAGAGGACGGUGGUGGUCGGCCUCAGCUCCGAUAAUUCCGGCAGGGAGCUUCUGUUGAUGCUGCUCACCUCGGUGGUGGUUCCUGGCGAUAAUGUGCUGGCGGUUCAUGUGAUGGAGUCGGAUGAUUCUUUCGAUCCCAAUUAUUUCCAUAUCCAUGAAGACCUCUGCAAGUCCAAGCAGGUAGACUUCCAAGUUAAGGCCUGUGGAGGAGGUUCAUAUGUCCGUCAACUGGCCCACCAAGUUCGAAUCAACUUUGCAACCAUUCUGGCGGUUGGGUGCAGCUACCCAGGGACCAAAAAUUCGAUGGUUUCAGAAUUUUUGAAAGCCCUGCCACCCACAUGCUCUCUUCUGGUGAUGGAUAGUGCAGCAAGAAUUUUGGUGCAGAGGCAGGGGACGUCGCAGGAAGGGUCUGUGACUCCAGUGAGAGUUCUUCGCUCUUCUCUCUCCUCAAUUUCGCAGUACAACAACGGCUCUGACCAGUCAGACACAUCCAGGCCUCAGAUCCAAAAGUCCCUCACAAUGCCGUCUUCCUCCAACUUAUCGUCAUACCAACUAAAACCCCAAAGCACCAGAAAACAGGACCUCGUAGUCCCAAACUUGAUGACCCAGAAGCUGUUUCAGGGACUUGCAAUGCUGGAAAUUAAGGGUUCAGGGAGAAGAUUCACCUCGGAGGAGCUAAGUUCUGCAACUAAUGGAUUCAGCCAGGAUAUGGUCAUUGGAGAGGGACGGAACAGCCGGGUCUACCUGGCGGAGCUGGAGGACGGGCGGGCCGCCGCGGUGAAAGUCUUGAAGGACACCGAGUCCUCUUUAGAUGAUCUGUUCAGUGAGGUGGAGACUCUGAGUGGGUUGAAGCAUGAGAAUGUGGUUCAACUUUUUGGAUACUGUUAUGGCAAGGGAAUGAAUGCAAUCGUUUAUAAUUUUCUGAACGGGAGCUUGAAGCAGAGGCUGGGAAGGAUGAAGUGGAGGGAGAGGAUGAGAGUGGCAAUUGGAGUGGCCAAGGCACUGGAGUAUCUCCAUUCUCGCUCACCUCCAGUGAUUCACCGAGAUGUGAAGUCAUCCAACAUUUUGCUCUCUGAUAAUUGCCAUCCACAAUUGUCAGAUUUUGGAGCAGCAAUGGCAUACGAUCACAGCAGGCAACUUUCAGGGUAUACGAAGCCGUUUCAAGUCUUUGGGACCUUCGGGCACUUGGCGCCGGAGUACGUGAUGUAUGGCAAAGUUGAUGAGAAAAUAGAUGUCUACUCUUAUGGGGUUGUGCUUCUGGAGCUGAUCAGCGGAAAAUGGGCAAUCCAGACCAACAAAGCAUCUAAUCCAGAAAACUUCGUACUUUGGGCAAGAUCUUUGCUCUGCUUUGGUCUGAGUGAACGACUGAUUGAUCCUUACCUGAAUGAAGACUACGACAAGGAUGAGAUGACAAGGAUGAUGAUUGUAGCACGGCUCUGCCUCUUGCAUUCGUCUUCAAGAAGACCAACCAUAGAAACUAUUCUUCAGUUGUUGGAGAAGCCAGAGCACUGUCCGAAGAUGCAGAGGAAGAGGGAGGAGCUUCUUAAUGGGAUUAGCCCCAAAACUGAAACAGGUUUACAAGAGGACUUGGAUUCUAAUGGAACUCUCAGUACAGAAGACGGUUAG